AUGCCUAAUUGGACCAAGGAACUCCUCUCACCUCCCUGGCCCAAGAGCCACGACGUCAAGCUCGCGCCCGCUGAUGUCUACGAUGCCGCUCAGAAGGCAGGCGGGCGAGAUACCAUCGAGAGACACCGCCCGCUUAGCAUCGCAGACCACUACGGCGACAGGUCCCGCAGGGCGGGUACUAAUAGCGUCAGCCGGAGCACCGAAACCCUCUCACACCAAACCGCCGCCGACUAUGGCGGGUCCGACGAUGACCCCUCGGGCUGGAGGAAGCGACUCGCCGAUCCGAACGCGGUGGUCAGCGUACGCGAUGUCAAGAAAGCCACCCCGGAGUAUGUUUUUGCGUUGCUCUUCAAUCAUGCCUUUGCACGCUACGUCUUGCCAGCGGCGGAGAGCGAGAUCAAGGGUCAGCAAUGGCCUGGAAAGAAAAUGCCGGAUGAGAAGAAGGAGGACGAUACAGACAAGCCACAGAGCACGGAAGAAGAAGGGACCAGCAAAGAAGACAAGGAGAACGAUGAGGAGAAGCAACAGGGCCCCAAGUUGACCGCCGAGCAACAGGCGUUCCUUGAUAAACUCUUCGAAGAGAUGCGUCAAGUCGAGUCGUUCAAGAACAAUCCAGGCCAGCCUCAGGGUGAACUGAAGAUCUUGGACGCCGAUGCCGCCAAGCAACUCGAAAGCCAUCUGAGUAUCGACGACCAAACAACACCGGACUCUUGGAUUCCUCGCUCGCUCGGCUUGCUCCGUCUAACUGGGAAGCACCCGUUCAACGCCGAACCGAAUCUCGUCGAUCUCUACGAUGCAGGGAUGAUUACUCCAACAAAGGUUCAUUACUGUCGCAGCCACGGCUCAGUGCCUCAGCUAACUUGGGAAAUGCACAAACUGUCUGUGUUUUCCGAGCCAGAGGGUUUGAUCGCCUGUCCCAAGGACUGGACGAUGGACGAGAUUGCCUUUGGCGGAUUCAGGACCGUCGAGAUUCCAGUGACAUUCGGCUGUGACGGAAAUCGUCGCAAGGAGCUCAACAUGAUCAAGAAAACCUCCGCUUUCAACUAUACGGCUGCCGCCGUGUCGACGUCUCUCUGGCGAGGCGUCAUGGUUCGUGACCUAAUACUAGCCAGCGGACUCCAGGAUCAGCCAGACGACGAACGGUGGUACUUACACUUUGAAGGCGCUGAUGCGCCCUCAGAGGGUCCGUAUGCGACAUCCAUGCCCCUCAUGCACGCCAUGAAUCCCGCCAACGAUGUUAUGCUGGUCUUCGGGCAGAACGGACGUGUCCUGCAUCCCGAUCAUGGCUAUCCGCUGCGCAUAAUCAUCCCGGGAUGGGUGGGCGGUCGACAGGUGAAGUGGCUGAAGAAGCUAUGGGUCGCAAAGAAGCCCAACCGCUCCCAUUACCACAUCUGGGACAACAGGCUCCUUCCCUCCAUGAUCGACUCGAGGGACCAUCCAUUCGGUAGCGCAUUCUACCAUCAUGAGUCCACCGAGUGCAACGAGCAGUGCUUGCAGUCCGUCAUUGUGAAGCCCGCCCACGACGAGCUGAUACCCCUUGAUGAAGGCAACCUGGACGAGAGGACUUACACCGUUGAAGGCUUUGCGUUCAACGGUGCAGGAGAUCGCGUAGAGCGCAUCGAGCUGAGCUUGGACGGCGGCGCGACAUGGAAGUACUGCUUCCGCAGAUUUUGGGAUAAGCCACUGAGGCACGGUGAGAAGUACUGGGCAUGGGUUUUCUGGAGCUGCGAGCUGAAGCUCGAGGAGAUGAUCGGUGCCCAGGAAAUCAGCUUACGCUCGAUGGACAGCAGGAAGAAUUAUCAGCCCGAGCAUACGUCUUGGAAUUUGAUGGGAAUGAUGAACAACGCUUGGUAUCGUCUCAAGCCCAAGAUCACCACACAUCCGGAGACACACCGGCCCGUUGUUCAAUUCCAGCAUCCAGUCGCUCCAGGAAAUGUGGACGGCGGCUGGAUGCAGCCUCCGAAGGAGCAACAAGACGAGGGCAACAAUGGGGCGAAGGACAUGAAGGAAUAUUCUCUUGAGGAGGUCAUGAAACAUGAUAAUGAAAACGACGCUUGGCUCAUCAUCGACAACAAGGUUUAUGACGUGACGUCCGUCUUGUCAUGGCACCCUGGUGGCGCCAAGGCAAUCUCGGCCUACGCUGGCAAGGCUACGGUCGACGUGACUAACGAGUACAAGGGCAUCCAUGACAACUAUGCGCACUCCAAGCGCGACGAGUGCCUCAUCGGAGUCCUCUCCCCGGAAGGUGUGAAGACCAUGAACGAGGAUGCCGUGCGCGCCGCGAAGGAGCUCGCGAAGAUUAAGAGUGAGCGCAAGGACAAGGCGCUGCAGCCGGACGUCUUCACCCAGGCGAAGCUCGUCAAGAAGCACGCAGAGUCGCACGAUACGCAGCUGUACACGUUCGAAUUGCCAAAGAGGGAAGACGGCAGCCAUGGACUGCUCGGAUUGCCGGUAGGCAAGCACGUCUUGAUCACCGUGCACUUCAAGGACCAGGCGGUGUUGCGGCCGUAUACUCCCACGCGUCCUGUCCUACCUGAAGAGGAAGACGGCACAUUCGAUCUGCUGGUGAAAACGUACUUGCCCACGGAUGACGGGCCGUUUCCCCCGGGGGGUACGGUGUCCAACUACCUCGACUGCAUGGAAGAGGGUGAAGAGAUCGACAUCAGGGGACCCGGCGGCGGAAUUAUGUACAAGGGUCACGGCGAGUUCGACAUUGAUGGCGAGCAAUAUCACUUUGACAAAGUCAACUUGGUCGCUGGUGGUAGCGGGCUCACGCCUCAUUGGCAAUUCAUUCAUGCGGUCCUGUCUGACAAGUCUGACAAGACGAAGAUCGUUCUGCUCGACAGUAACAAGUCGCCGAGCGACAUCCUCAUGCGGGACGCGCUCGCAAAGUACUCGGAAGAGGAGCCCGAGAGAUUCAAGCUCGUGCAUAUCCUUUCAGAGGAGCCGAACGAGGACGUCGGUGCGCCGUACGUUGUCGGCAGGUUGAACAAGGAGAUCAUGGAGGAACACUUCUAUCCUGCUGCAGAGGGAGCGGGGACGCUCUUGUGCGGACCACCCGGUCUGGUCGAGAAGGGAGCUCUACCGGGUCUGAAGGAAAUGGGCUUCAAGGAGGGAGAGGGUGUGUUCGGUUACUGA